UCCGAAGAGCACGAUCGAACCUAGCCGAAGUAUUUGUUACGUUUAGUUCCCUCGUCCUUAUCACCUCAAUCUCGGCUAAGUGCAACAUCUUCAGCUGAAAUGUGCCAUCCUUACGAUUCUUUGAUUCAUGAACAUCUUGGUGUUAGGAAUAUGUCUGUAACGCGAAACCGGCUCCUGUCGACGUUCGGUGUGGCGCGGCGCCUUAUCACCGCCGAGCACGCGCGUGUUAUACGGACGGAUAUGCGAAGCGCGUGCUCGUCUACGACAUAUCACGAGGUUGCGACGUGCUGGAGGACAUUAGAUAGUAACGUACGAAUGGCUCAUUCCAUGGUUCAACCGACAUGGCAAACAAGCAAGGAGGAAAGUCGCGAAAUGAUGGCUGUAUGGCCGGACGUUGUUCGAGAUCUCACGGAUAUGACCGACCGAUUAGACAUUCCGGAUAUCACCAAAUGGAUGGCAAAAGCAUUACAAUAUAAUGUUCCGGGAGGAAAAAAAAAUCGAGGCUUAUCGUUAGUUUAUGCUUACAAAUUACUAGCACCUAGCGAUGAGCUUACGGAGGAAAAUAUUCGUCUAAUACGGAUUUUAGGCUGGUGUGUGGAAUUGGUGCAAGCCUUCUUCCUCGUAAUCGACGAUAUUGAAGAUGGAUCACUGUAUCGCCGAAACCAACCAUGUUGGUACAGACACAAUGAUAUCGGUUUAGCGGCAAUCAAUGACGGUCUAAUGAUGGAAAAUGUUGUAUAUUACUUAAUUCGAAAAUAUUUCAAGGGAAAGGAAUACUAUGUUGAUUUGCUAGAAACAUUCCAGGAUUCCAUAUUGAAGACUGUAAUGGGCCAAAGCUUAGAUUUGUUAUCCACCGAGUUUAACAAGAAACCGAAACUAGAUCUCUUCACAAUGGAUCGAUAUAAUUCCAUUGUCAAAUACAAAACGUCGUAUUACUCUUUCGUCUUGCCAAUAACUGCAGCAAUGCAUUGUGCCAAGAUAAAAGAUCCUGAGAUGUUCAGGCAAACAAAAACAAUCUUAAUGGAAAUGGGACAUUUCUUCCAAGUUCAAGACGAUUAUUUGGGCUGCUAUGGAGACUUAGAGUCUACUGGCAAAAAUAAUACUGAUAUAGAAGAAGGAAAAUGUACGUGGUUGGUUGUUGUGGCUCUUCAACGCGUAACAAAGGAACAGCGAAAAAUAUUAGAAGAAUGUUACGGAUCCAAAGAAGAAGAGAAAGUCAAACGCGUAAAACAACUGUAUAACGAUUUGGGAUUACCAAACAUGUAUUCUAUAUACGAAGAGGAAACGUACAAUUUGUUGAACACUCAUAUACAACAAAUAUCGCGCGGUCUUCCACACGAUCUUUUCCUAAAAUUAUUGGGAAAGAUUUAUCGUAGGACAUCAUAAAGCAUCAUUUAUAUAUCGAAACAAUAAUCAAUCAAUGAACAUGUCAAUGCGCCCGAGAAUCUCGUCUUGAGAAUCAUUAAAUAUUACUUCGACAUGUACACAAUCAAUAGAUCAAUCUAAGAUUUAUAAGAGAAUGAUUUUAAUACAUUAAUAAACAUUUUUAAAACAAG